AUGGCAUACGAGAUCUGCCCGGAGCGCAUGGUACCCUCGCUUAAAGAUAAGGACCGCGAAAUAGGUGAGCGCAUUAACGUGUUUGAUGGCGCAGUAUGUCUGCAGUAUCUUGCCGAUCGGUUCGACGUGCAUGGCGAACGGUCCGGAUACACUGCCGCCGAGAGAGGUGCAGUCUUCACUUGCCACGCAAAAUCGCCAACGGAGCGUUCCUGUUUUCCCUUUGCUAUGCCGUGGAUAUUCAAAUUUCCCGGUAUCGAUAUCAAAAUCUGGCCUAAUAUUGAGGCAUGCUCGGACCGCAUGUUGGAACAUCCGGCGAUUCAGGAUGACAUGAACAUGAGCCAAGUGAAAACCUUCGGUCAUGACGUGACCCCUGAGCAAACCAAAACAUUGAAUGAUGCCACUUAG